AUGUCGUCUGCUUUCGACAGCUCGUUUGGUGCGAUGCUCCUGGGGGUGCUGAUGUCGUCGAUACUAUUCGGCAUCACUAACCUGCAGGUAUACAUAUACUUCAAGACGUACACGAAAGACCCCUUGUGGACAAAGUUCUCUGUAUGCGCAUUAUGGACCAUCGACGCGCUAUGUGUGGCAUUCUCCUUCCACCUGAUAUAUCAGUAUUUCAUCACGAACUAUUUCAACCCUGUGGCAUUGUUAGUGAUCAACUGGAGCUUCAAGGCUCAAGACAUUUCGAGCCCGACAUCGUCUCAAUUCAAGACACUAGUGGAUGCUUCAGCCAAUCGCGAUUCCGGCCUACGCUACUUCCUACCUGGUAUUGCUUCCAUAUUUGUAUGCGCUGGAUAUGUGAUUUCCUAUGAGAUAACCACGCCCGCAAACGCGACCCCCGUUGAUUUACUGGGCCAUCAGUGGAUGUCAUACUACCCAUUGUCAGUAUAUACUGGGACCGACACGAUCAUCGCGGCGUCUCUUUGCUAUCUUUUAUACACCAACCGCACCGGGUACCGACGGACGGACAGCUUGUUGAACACACUCAUGCUAUAUACCGUCAAUACUGGAAUCAUCACGAGUAUUUGCUCUCUCGCAGCAAUCAUCGCGUUGAAGACUAGUCCACACACUUUCAUUGUUGCCGCUAUCGAAUUUCUGCUGACGAAAAUUUAUGUUAACUCAUUCCUUGCUAUGUUGAAUGCACGGAAUUCACUCCGCGAUUCCGGAGCUCGCAUGAGACGAGACUACGUUCUGAAUACCUUGCAGCCUACUGUGACUUCUGAGGUCACUGAUGAAUCAAAGCCACCCGAAUUGCCGCAAGUGCUCAAUAUCCGAAACAACACCGAUAGUGACUCAGAUGGACCUCGUCCCUAUACCGACGUUGAAAUUGACAAACCCGCCGCAAGGGGGUAUGUCCCUCCUGCUGUCUCUAAGGGAGGAAUAAAGGAAGAAGUUCUGGAAUCCCCUUCCAAGCAACGCGCUUCAUAUCCCGGGCCACUGCUGGCACCACCUCAAGCACAUGUGUACGACACAAUUCAUGACACAGCGCGUAGUAUGCCCCGUCAUGAGAAAACUUUGCGUGAAAGCAAAGAUAAGGUGCGUGCUGAGCACUUUGUCGGGAUUCGACUCAGGAAAUGA